AUGAGCAAUUUGGAAAAGCGAUUUAACCACAACUAUCUGUAUCCAUGGGUGUUCUUAAAUGACGAGGAGUUCACAAAUGAAUUCAAAGGUCGCGUACUGCUAGAAACAAACGCGCCGGUCUAUUUUGGAUUGAUUCCAAAAGAACAUUGGGUGCAGCCUGCUUGGAUUGACGAGGAUAAGGCGGAGGAAUCGCGAAAACGGUUGAAAGGACAGAACAUCAUAUACGGUGAUAGCUCAUCCUAUAGAAAUAUGUGCCGCUUCAACUCUGGGUAUUUCUUUCAACAUCCACUGCUACAGCAAUUCAAAUAUUACUGGAGGGUAGAGCCAAAUGUCGACUACUUCUGUGACAUGAACUACGAUCCCUUUCAAUAUCUCAAUCAAAAUAACCAAACGUAUGGCUUCACAAUAGCAUUAUACGAGACUCCAGAGACGGUUACCACUCUAUGGGAUAGCGUAAAAGAGUUCAUGGUCAAAUAUCCUCAAUACAUCGCCAACGAUAAUGCGAUGGAACUUCUCAGUAACGAUGGCGGACAAACUUACAACAUGUGUCACUUUUGGAGUAACUUCGAGAUCGCAGACAUGGACUUCUGGCGAAGCGAGGCGUAUCGAAAGUUUUUCAACUUCCUUGACGCCAAAGGAGGGUUUUAUUACGAGAGAUGGGGAGAUGCUCCCAUACAUUCAAUUGCUGCCGCCUUGUUUCUUCCAAAGCAUAAAUUGCACUUCUUCCAAGACAUUGGAUAUCGCCACGCAGUUUACCAACAUUGCCCUUCGAGCGAUGAGUCUCUGGGUAAUUCUUGUUCAUGUCAUCGGUGGAAUAGUAUUGGCAAGUACACGUAUUGCUUAUAA